AUGUAUACCUUUGCGAAUUCGAGAAGCAGUCAUAUCCGCGCCGCAACCCCCUUCCCCGACCUGCCGUAUCGAGAAACCAGGACCGACAGAGUUAUCAACUAUGAGAAUGAGCUGCUACUGAUGGCUCCUUUGCAGCAGCAACAACAGCAACAAGGCCGCCGAUGA